CAUUCCGCUAAUAUAUUGGCGCCAAAAUCCCUAAAUUUUCGAAAUUUCGGACCAUCUGAAACCACAAACCCUCUCUUGAACAAUCGAAACGAGAAGAGCAAAAAAAAAAUGGGAUGUACAGAAUUCGUCGCUGUUCAGUGCUGUCAAUGCGCGACAAUGCAGGCGAAGCAGAAGAAGAAAAGCAGUAACAAGUGGACAUGUGUAGUGUGCAAUCAGAGACAAUCUGUAACAAAAAUGUUUGCUCAAAGCUUCAUGGCUAAAGACAUCCGUAUGUUUGUGCAGUCCUUCAACAUGUCCCGCGGCAAAUUAGCCGAACACAACGACAGCGGAGCAGGAGAUGCUGAAACCCUAACUGCCGAUCCCCAAAUUCAGAGGAAAAGACGCUCUGAUUGGACUGAGUACCUUGAUUUUGACCAGGACAGUGCUAAACAGGAACAAUUUGAAGAACAACAAGGAGAUGAUUUUGGGGUAAAGAUUGUGACGGAAUUGACGAAAGAGAUGUUUAAGAAACCUAAAUUCAGGAAUUAUGAUUCUCGCGGUAAUGCAUGUCAUGGUUUUAAACCUACUUUCUCUAAGAGGAAUACCAGCAGCAAAAAUGUCUGCUCUCAAGGGAAGGAAGAAAAGAAAAAUGCUUCAGAGGACGUCAUCAGCCCUACAAAAUGGAGGGAUUACAUGAAAAAAGAUUGCGAGGAGCAGAGGAAAAAUCAACCAACAAUGGCAACCAAAGCUUCAAAAUGGAAUGACUACAUAACACAUGAUGACAGCGACUUCAAUGCUGAAAGAAGAAGAAACUGUGCAGAUGAUAUGGGGCACUGUAGCAAUGAUGUGUGGGAGACCAUAUUGGAUGAACAAAAGGUAGAAGAUGACAUCCAUCCUGAUUUCAUCUGAAAUGUUUGGUACGUCGUUAAUUUUUUUCAUGUACGAGUCAUGAUCCAAAACUUGCCGAACCUGCUUUUUUUAAUAAUGGUAUUGUGGCUGUUUAUAAGAAAAUAAUUGUACUUUAAUGAUUCUUUUACUUUAAA